GGUAGAGAGGCCAGAGGCGUAGCGGCGCGUCACCUAGCUUGUCAGAGAAAAUUUACCUUUUGGAUCGUAGUCGCUAUUUCAGACCAUGGACCAUCAGACCCCACUAAUUGUGUAUCUUCUUAUUCGGUCUCAACCUCUCAACUCUCGACUUUGUUCGUUCUUCGCUGUUGACUUCGUUUCGACCGGUUUCGGCUUUUCGGCUUCGUAUUUUACAUUGGUCAUCUAGUUUGCGCCCUCUUGCGCCUCUCCGACCCCGUGCAAGACGUGCAAGAUAUCUGCCCUGAUUUAAAAGGGAUUAGGCGUACCUGAACCAGAACCUGCCACUCACAAGCGUGACAGUUGGCUGGACGUGGACGAUCAUGCUGUGAGCAAACGGAAAUCAAAGGGUCGUGAAGGCGAAAGCGAUGUACGGCACAAGUCAUUAACAGAGAUGGGCGAAACUAAAAACAUCCCUAGAAAACUGCGGGAAUUGGAGAAGAUAAAGGAGGAGCUGGGCAUACAAGAAUCGGAGAUGAAGCAGACAGCAGAAGCACUUUCAGGACAACCACAAACCGAUACAAAAGGACCAGUUGUAGUUGUGUUUCAAGAGAGGAAAAGGAGUGCAAAGAGAAAACAAAUAGCAGUAAGAGGUGAAGACAAUGAAGAAGCCAUGGGAAGUGAGGGCCAGCAGAUGGGCUUUACAAAAGCAAAAUUUGACGUGAUGAAGUUUGGCAUAAAAGGACUGGAGCGUCCCAAACAAGAAGAGGCAAAAAUAGCACUUGCUGUGCACUUAGGUGCGAAGCCUCCAAAGAAGAAGUACAUAAAUUACAAGGAGUUUAUUGCACUACAGAAGAAAGAGAGGGAACUCGCUAGGGAGCAGAAGAUACUGCAAGCAAAGAUGGGCCUCAAGCCAAAGAAGAAGGUUGCAAAAAAGAAAGGUUCUAUUUCAAAGAAAGGCUCUACGGGUAAGGAACUGCACGACGGCAUGAAGUAUGUCAGCAAGCAACUCAUUGCAAAAGUAAAGAAGUCAAGUUUAAGGAAAAAAUAAAGAAUCGUUAAAAAUCCAUAA